CUCGCCAUGAGGCAGGGAGCAUUUCGAAUCAUUUUCAGUACAAACUUUGUGUCGAGCACACGUAGAACCCACUCCAAUCAAAUAAACGCUGUCUAUCAAGCCAAACAAGAUGAACUAUUCCCUGAUCUUCGGGUGUGCCCUUAUAAUGAUGAUGGGACCGCUGAUGGGCCACUGCCUGCGCAUGAAGCGUUCCCAAGGCGAUGCUGCCAUUGAUUAUAACAAGACCAAGGUCACGGGCAACGAUGCUUCACUGAACCUCAAGGCCACCUUGUUGGCCAAUAGCACCGCUACCACAGCUGCAACCACAUCUUCAAAGGAGAAAAUUACAGCUGCAACCAAGCGCACAACGGUGGAUCAUGGAAAGACCACGAAUGCCACCAGCACAACCACCUCAUCAGCACUGGCUGUUAUGGCUUCCACAUCCUCGCCUUCGCCUUCAGAUGAAGGGAAAAUCGAGCUGGAGGAUCUGAUGGGGCUGCGUCGUCCCAAGAGGCGUUUGGGUAGCCUAAUGGACGACAGCAGCCUGCAGCCGCGACCAUUGCACCACAAGCGUCGCCAAUGGGAGGCCACCCCGUUGCCAACUCGCCCACCACCCACCAAUCCCUAUGUGUACUACAACAAGCUGGUUUCGCCGGAUGGCAAGCACGAGCUAAAGGAGUUCGAGCUGCUGGCGCCCAACAUGAUGAUUGAGAGCGUGCAGCAGGAGCUCAGCUACGGCCCGGAAGUCCUGCCACCGGAAUUGGCCGGAGUGCUGCUGCUGAAUGCAGCCGAGAACACUCCACUCCGUGGUCCACUCCAUAAUUCAGCUCCCCUGAAGCACCACCGCAAGCACAAAUCCUCGCCGGCUUUGCCACCGAUGCUCUACAUGCUGCAACAGCUGCUGCAGCAGCCCCCUUUCGAGGGAACUGUCUUGGUGGAACCGCCGAAGGAACCGCAACAUCGCGUCAGCUCGCCCCUCUAUCAGUUUCUCGAUGGCGCCAUGGAUCUGGCUUUGCGCAACAACCCCGAUGUCAUCGAUCACCUGUUGGGGGAUCACCUGGAACUGGAACUGGAGCUGGAGAAGGACAAGCUGAAGAGCGGCAAGGAUAAGGGACCGGCGAAGAAGGGCAAGAAGGAGGCAGCGAAGAUGGAGCCCAAGGAGGAGCUUAUUGUCAGCUGUCCCAUUCACCACGAGCACCAUGCCAAUCGCAAUGGCGAGAUGGUCGAGGACGACGUCGUCCUGGUCAACGAGUGCCAUCUGGUUUAGAUACAGGAGAUUUGCAUACUUCUACACGGUUUCAUAAAAAUUUUAGGUUUCUUGUUUUUGCACAUACGUUACUUUUCUUCAACCGGGAAAGUCUGCCUGAAAUUGUUUACAUAUAUUUUUGUUAAAGUUAUGCAUUUAAAGGAUUUGUAUGGCCGACUUUCUUAGGAACAAAAAAAAACAAAACCCAAUAAAAACUAAAUACACAAACUAAAA